AUGUAUGAGCCCAAAGUCUCCAAAACUUCUCAAUCUGAAGAGGAUAAUUCCUACCGUCCAACCAGCAAAGGGAAACUCAACCACCUCCUUGGUACGGGACCAAAGCAGGGGGAUCCAAAAUUUGAUGCUUGGGAUGAGGAAGACUCCAUGAUCCAAAAUCUGACCAGAUUCUCAGGGAAGGAUAAUCAAGACCGGGACAAUUUGUGGUGCACUUACUGCAAGAAACCGAGGCAUACGAAGGAUCGUUGCUGGAAACUGCAUGGUAAACCAUCCACUUCAAGCAAAGAAUGGGGUUACCGAGGAGAGCAGUCAAAAACAUACGGCCAGGCACACUUGACAGAGCAGGACAAUCCUCCAGAGAAAAAGGAGCAAGAAGGACUCAGUGGAGAGGAAAUUGAAAGACUUAGAGGCUUGAUAGGAUCCCUUGAAAAACCUUCUGGUGCUUGCUCAUUGGCACUCUCAGGAACAGGAUUCGAGGAAGAAGAUUGGACUUGCUAAGGAACGGAAUGGACUUUA